ACACACAAAACCAAACCUAAACUAAACACAGAAUCUAGAAAGAAAGAUUUACGAAAAUCUUUUUAAUGAAAAAAGAGCAGACAGGACGAGAAUUUGCUUUUCUGAAUUCAUUAGGAUAUUGUUUUCUCCGUCGAAUUCGCAUGAACACUUGAGCUCUAAAGAACGGCGUGGAAGUGGACGGUGAAGGAUUUAAUUUUUGUAAGAGAUGGCGCAAAACGGGUAUGUGGUUCCGGCAGAUCCUUCGGCGGUGGUGACGGUGAAGAAGAAAACGCUGAAUUGGGCUCUUAUUGAUGCAACGGGACAGAGCACAUCGCAAGAUUUCGAUAAGUAUGCCAUCAUGCACCGUGUCCAGAUCCACGCUCGCGAUCUCAGGAUUCUCGACCCCAAUUUAUCUUACCCUUCUACUAUUCUCGGCAGAGAGAGAGCCAUUGUCCUCAAUUUGGAGCAUAUUAAGGCGAUUAUCACUUCCGAAGAGGUAUUGCUUCGGGAUCCAUCAGAUGAGAAUGUUAUUCCAGUUGUGGAGGAGCUUCAAAGGCGCUUACCCGUUGGCAACCAUGGUCAAGGAGACGGGAAAGAGAUCUCAGGUGCUCAAAACGACGGUGAUACUGGUGAAGAAGAUGAAUCCCCAUUCGAAUUUCGGGCACUGGAAGUAGCUUUGGAAGCAAUCUGCAGCUUCUUAGCUGCAAGAACAACAGAACUAGAAACAGCUGCUUAUCCUGCUUUGGAUGAGCUUACCUCAAAGAUUAGUAGCCGCAAUUUGGAUAGAGUUCGAAAAUUGAAGAGUGCCAUGACUCGGUUGACAGCUCGGGUUCAAAAGGUAAGAGAUGAACUCGAACAGUUGCUGGAUGAUGACGAUGAUAUGGCGGAUCUUUACCUUUCAAGAAAACUUUCAAGUGCUUCCUCACCGGGUAGUAGUGUUGGUGAACCAAAUUGGUAUCCGACUUCCCCAACAAUAGGUUCUAAGAUUUCAAGAGCAAGUAGAGCGAGUUUAGCCACAGUUCGUGGUGAUGAAAAUGAUGUUGAAGAACUUGAAAUGUUGCUCGAGGCAUACUUCAUGCAGAUCGACAGCACUUUGAACAGAUUAACCACACUACGUGAGUAUAUUGAUGACACAGAGGAUUACAUUAACAUCCAGCUAGACAAUCACCGGAAUCAGCUUAUUCAGUUGGAGCUUGUAUUAAGUUCUGGAACCGUUUGCUUAUCAAUGUACUCUCUGGUAGCUGGAAUUUUCGGGAUGAACAUUCCAUACACAUGGAACGACGAUCAUGGAUACGUUUUCAAAUAUGUCGUGGGCUUGACUGGGACAGUUUGUGCUGUAUUGUUUGUGAUCAUAAUGUCGUACGCUCGGUACAAAGGACUGGUGGGAUCUUGAAGGCUGAAUUUGGGUAGAGGGAGUGAGUGAGAGAGAGAUUGUGAAGGAGCAAGUCAGAUAUUGUUUUCUAUUAUUAUUUAUUUAUACUUGUGGUCGUUCUGAGUUUUGAACGAGCUUCACAAUCGGUUUUAGUUGUCAGAUCAUAAAAUUAAAGAAAUUAUUCAAACAUAUUGAAAAAGAAAAAAAAAACUGCAGAAGCAUUGCGACU